AUGGACAAGGCUCGGCUCGCUUUUUACGCUGAUCUCGACGUUCAGAUCGAGAAGCUACGCAACUGCGAGCCGCUCACGGAGGAACAGGUCAAGGUGCUCUGCGACAAGGCCCGGGAGAUUCUCAUCGAGGAGAGCAAUGUCCAGCCAGUCAAGUGCCCCGUCACCGUCUGCGGGGACAUCCACGGCCAGUUCCACGACAUGAUUGAGCUCUUCAGGAUAGGCGGGAACUCGCCCGACACGAACUACCUGUUCAUGGGCGACUACGUGGACCGAGGGUACCACUCCGUAGAGACGGUCACGCUCCUAGUCGCGCUCAAGGUCCGGUUCCGGGACCGCAUCACCAUCCUGCGCGGCAACCACGAGUCCCGCCAGAUCACCCAAGUGUACGGCUUCUACGACGAGUGUCUGCGCAAGUACGGCAACGCGAACGUGUGGAAGUACUUCACGGACCUGUUCGACUACCUCCCGCUCACGGCGCUGGUGGAGAACGACAUCUUCUCGCUGCACGGCGGGCUCUCGCCGACGCUCGACACGCUCGACCACAUCCGCGACCUGGACCGCGUGCAGGAGGUGCCGCACGAGGGCCCGAUGUGCGACCUCCUCUGGAGCGACCCCGACGACCGCAUGGGCUGGGGCAUCUCGCCGCGCGGCGCCGGGUACACGUUUGGGCAGGACAUCAGCGAGCAGUUCAACCACACCAACGGGCUGAGCCUCAUCGCGCGCGCGCACCAGCUGGUCAUGGAGGGAUACAACUGGUGCCACGACCAGCACGUGGUCACCAUCUUCUCCGCGCCCAACUACUGCUACCGCUGCGGCAACACCGCCGCCAUCAUGGAGAUCGACGAACAGAUGGGCAAGACCUUCCUGCAGUUCGACCCCGCCCCGCGACGCGGAGAACCCGAAAUCACCAGGCGGACACCAGAUUACUUCCUCUGA